CCAUUAUAAUACUCCUUUCCCAACUUCCAGAAGUUUCUUUUCCUUACUACUAGGUCUGCAUUAAGGAUUUGGUGUCCAGGGAAGCUGAAAGAUCCAAGAGGCUGCAGAAGUUUUCGGGAGUUCUGAGAGGUUGUAAACUUACCACUUCCAAGAUCAUGUUGGUGUUAAACGUGGUUCUCCUGUGCCUGCUGGCCACGGUGAGUGCGAACAAGACCCUCAGCAGCCAUGCCUCCAUCCUGGCUGACAUCAGCGCCGAUUUGGCCUUCAACCUGUACCAAAACCUGGCAAAAGAGAAGGACAUUGAAAACAUCCUGAUUUCUCCAGUGGUUGUGGCGUCCUCGCUAGGUUUGGUGGCUCUUGGAGGGAAAUCCAACACUGCUUCUCAGGUCAAAACCAUCCUGAGCGCCACUACGGUGAAGGAUGAGCAGCUACACUCGGGGCUGUCUGAGCUUCUCACUGAGGUCAGCAACUCAACAGCACGCAAUGUCACCUGGAAGAUCAGCAACCAUUUGUAUGGGCCCAGCCCUAUGAGCUUCACAGAUGACUUUCUGAAGAACAGCAGGAAGCAUUAUAAUUACGAGCACUCCAAAAUAAAUUUCCGUGACAAGCGCAGUGCGGUGAAAGCAAUCAAUGAAUGGGCUUCGAAGUCCACCGAAGGCAAGCUGCCCGAGGUGACCAAAGAUGUGGAGAAGACAGAUGGAGCCAUGAUCAUCAAUGCCAUGUUUUAUAAACCACACUGGGAUGAGCAGUUUCAUCAUAAGAUGGUGGAUAAUCGUGUGUUCUUAGUGCAUCGCUCCUACACUGUCUCUUUACCCAUGAUGCAUCGGACAGGCAUUUAUGGCUUCUUUGAUGACACAACCAACAACCUUUUACUUCUGGACAUGCCACUGGCCCAUAAGAUGUCGUCUGUAGUGUUUAUCAUGCCGUACCACGUAGAAUCCCUGGAGAGAGUGGAGAAACUGCUGACACGCCAACAACUGAACACCUGGAUCAGUAAGAUGGAACAGAGAGCAGUUGCGGUGUCACUGCCAAAGGUCAGCGUGGAGGUCAGCCACGACCUGCAGAAACAUCUCACUGAACUGGGUCUGACUGAAGCUGUGGACAAGGCCAAAGCUGAUCUGUCCAACAUCUCAGGGAAGAAGGACCUCUAUCUGUCCAACGUGUUUCAUGCCUCCGCCAUGGAGUGGGACACUGAGGGAAAUCCACCCGAUACUAGCAUCUAUGGUACCGACAAGCUUAAGAACCCCAGACUCUUCUACGCUGACCAUCCCUUCAUCUUCCUGGUGAAGGACAAGAAGACAAACUCCAUUCUUUUCAUGGGCAGGCUUGUCCGACCGAAGGGUGAUAAAAUGAGGGAUGAAUUGUAAUUUGUUGUGCU